AUGGAAAGAACUGUAGACACAGCUGAUACCCUGAUACCGCCGAUACUCUGCACCAGAGAAAACCAAGGUUCAAUCCCACGAGGAGGAGGUGAAGAAGAAACGGCACAUCUCGGGGCGUUGGAGAGACCCUCCACGAGGCCACUUCCUACAACUAGAGGGCGACUUUGCACGGUGGAUGGAAGUGGAGGAGAAGAUGGACGAUCCUUGCUCGAUGCGUCCCUCUCAGGGACCGUCGAGAUCCCGUCGAGGAAAACACAAAGUAACCUCGUUGGGGUCGAGUUUCAGCCUCCGCGAGACAGGGCACAAUCCUCCGGGGGGCCAAAUAUUCUCGAAGUUGCUUGCCUCAAUGUGUGUGAUGAUGCAGAUGUAGAUGCAGAUGCAAAUGCAGAUGACCUGUCUGGAACCCCUGGGUGUGCCUGGCCCGGUACCUGCAUGGAUUUCCUGCCUGACCGCGUCAUCCGGGUUGGGGCCAAACAUGGAAACCCAUCAUCCAACGAGGAAAGGAUUGCUGACGAUUUUUCCCGUCCACCAACACAGAAAAACCUAAUUCGGUACUGUCAAAGCCCGGCCUGGAUGUUCCCUCUCCAACCCGAAGAAAAGCCACGCUGUGAUUUGCCACUCGGCUGCCGGGGUGUCAAUUUCGUGGCUGUCCCUGGAUCCAACCAGCUUGCGCCAAGCACACCCCCAACCCACUGCGCUCUUUUGCACGAGCUCAUCCCAUUGGCUACAGGAUUUACUGACGGGGCAGUCGAAUUUCCAGGUUCAGGCCAAUCUGGUCGGGCUGGAAGUCUAGAAUGUCUCGGUUGCCUCCCUUAG